AUGUUCCACCAUCUUACGAUGCGACCAAUCGAGCUCCUUUUUGUGCCAGUCACCCCAUCCGUCUGGCCUGCCCGAAAGUUUACCGAUAUCCUAUUCGCGUACAGCGAGAUUGCGGUGCAGGAGAGGGGUGUAGAUAUUUUGGAGGGCGCAGGAGGCGCAUCUGUAUCCUUCUGUGACCACCCUACUCGUGCAUCCGCGUCCAAAUCCGUGAAAUCCAACCUUCCUUCCAGCACCCUACUACCCGUUAUUACCAAAUGCAACACGCCUCCUUCCCUGCUUUCCACCAAGCUGACUCGGGCGCAUUUACUGUGCUGCUGGCCAUCCCAGCUCAAGCGAGCUCAGCAUCCGCGACUUAAGUUCCUCAUCUGCACUUGCACCUGCCACGUCACUUGCUCCAUGAGCAACACCAGGACCGUCACGUUCGCGAUUUUCAUUGGGAUUUCCGAAGCAUUACCAUACUAUCUUUGGUAUCGUCAAAAAUGUUUCACCGCCAAGAUCGAACCGCUGAGGGAAAACAGUGGAGACAGAAACUUCAAGGCAUUGGAGAGACUGUCUCUGUUCUCGCAGGACUACGACGUAAAUGAAGAGCGGGGAGGAUGGCUAUGCGUGCAUAGGGCUCUUCCCUCGCCUUCAUUCCACAACGAGUUGCCGCGAUGGUCAUGGGAUAGGGACUCCCCCAGUUUGCCUGGCCUACUGGACUGA